CCGCACUCACAGAGCUCUGGCCGGCUUCCUGUCCGCAGCCGGGUGAGUGCGGGCUAGGCCUCCUGCCUCUGAACUCACCCCAUGGUUACCCCUAUAGGGUAUGGCUGUCGCUUCUUCCUGCAGCGCCAAGCUCCGCUCCACCUCAAAGUCGAUAUAAUGAGUCCUCUGUGCAAUGCGGUUGGAUGGAAGCACUCCUCUCACUGCUGUUCAGAUGUGCGCUUCCUGUACUUCUUCAAGGAUAUGUGCUAAGAGCUUAAUGAACUGGACACACUCUUGCCUUCCCAGAGCAAGUAGACUAACAGGGAUGAUAGAUGAUUUCCUCCAGUUUACACUGAAUUGUAUGUCAAAAUGAAAUGCGUUGCCAAGAAAUGUGGAAUUAGAUUCCAGCCCCCGGCUAUUGUCUUAAUUUACGACAAUGAGACCGAAGGAAAGAGCCGCCAGCGCAUUAUGCCAGUCCGAAACUUCUCCAAGUUCUCAGACUGCACCAGAGCUGCUGAGCAAUUAAAGAAUAAUCCACGGCACAAGAGUUACCUAGAGCAGGUGUCCCUGAAGCAGCUGGAGAAGCUGUUCAGUCUUUUACGAGGUUACUUGCAGGGGCAGAGUUUGGCAGAGACGAUGGAAAAAAUUCAACGGGAAACAACCAUUGACCCCGAGGAAGACCUGAACAAACUCGAUGACAAGGAGCUGGCCAAAAGGAAGAGCAUCAUGGAUGAACUUUUCGAGAAAAAUCAGAAGAGAAAGGAUGACCCCAGUUUUGUGUAUGAUGUUGAAGUUGAGUUCCUGCAGGAUGAACAGCUGUCCUGCAGCUGGGACACGGAGUCAGCUGACGAGUUCUGAGACCUCCUGCUCCAUGUCCACGAAGAGAAAGCUCGGUCCCAGAAAAUCUGUGAACACGAACAGACAUAUAAAACCAAGACACUUGCAUGUGUUGUGUAGGCCUAUGAGAAACACAGAAAAACAGCUUAGGAAUCCCAUUAGAGAUGGCAAUCCAAAGGGAAGGUAACUCAGAAACUUGUAAAAAUAUUUUUAAAUAAUAUUACUCAGGAGAGGGAUUAGAGCCGGGUUUCCGAUGAAGGCUGAAGAAGGUGAGAACCUGGAUUACCGCGGGCAGAAUAGCAGGGAAGACUUCCCUCAGCAGAAAGGGGCCUGUGCAUGGCCCCCGAAGGCUACAGAUGUUUCUAGAUGAAGCAAAGGGGGAGGGUGUGGUAAAGGGACACGGCAUAGACAUUUUUGAGAAUGAGUGAAUAAUUAUAGUCCGGCAAGAUUGGAGUUAACCCGUGUUCAUUAUGUCUGCAAAUUUAACUCUGGGGUAGACAAAAGCACCUGCAAAUGCCUCGCAGCUGCCGGUGCAUGCAGCGCAGCAGAUGAAGGCAGUUCUGACCCUCCACGCUCAGGAAAUGUACACUAAAGUUGUUCUGAAACCCAGAACCACUUCCUGUGAGAGGCUGGUUUACACAGUGGGAAGUCCACCCGCAAGUGAGCAAUAGGUUCUGCCUGUUGAAACCUGCUCAGGAAUUUAGAGGUGCAGUGAUCUCUGUUUAACAAGGCCACCAUGUGCAGGUGCAGAUGUGUUUGCUCUUAUUAGAAUAUUCUCUGUGAUAGAAAGCAUCUGUUUUCUACAAGAAAACUAUCAUUCAUUGAGUAAAGCUGUGCCUGUGAGUGUUGAGUCUUACCAGUUUUUCUUUUCCUUUCCUUCAGUCUAGUGUUUUGUUUGCCAGGGUUCGGGUAAGUUAGCAGACAAAGCAACAUGCUUUGUUAUGACAUUUUCACAGCUGCAUCUAUAUUGUCUGUUCCUGCUCCACCCCCACUCUGUGUCCCCUUGUCUUCUUGCUGAUACCCUUCUUCCCAAGUCACCCCCUUUUGCUUUUAUGUCUUGUGUGUGCCAUUACCUUCUGCACCCCUUAAGCUCAUUCCUCCCCCUUCAUAGUGUUCUCUCUGGCCCCACCCCAACACACAUCCCUACCCAUAUAAAAAACUAGA